AUGCGUGAGCACGUGGGUUAUUCGCUGGGAACCCUUAGGACCUACUGCCUCUCUCAAACACCAUUGGUGCUUCGUGGGAGUAGAAAUCGUAAAGUUACUGCAGGGGCAGCAUCAGACACUACCGCAGUACCCAACCCAUCCUCUUCUUCAAUAUCAGCUGAUACAACUUUCUCCUCACCCUCUAAUAAGAGUGUUGGUGGGAAUUUUGGAAAAAAACCAUGCAGCAAUAGGGCCGAUUCUGAAGUUAAGUCACGACCCCCAAAUGAAACACACGAAAAGCCACGCCGACGGAAGAAACGCGAGUUAAUAUCAACAGUUCGCAGCGCCGUUACAACGAUAGAGGUCGAUCCUGAAGCUAUCGUAAGUGAGUGGCAAUUACUUAUGCAUAUCAAACCUUCUCUGAAUCCAAUGUGCUCUCCAUCCAGUUAUGGUAUCAUCUACUCAGCCGCUUUGGCGAGAAGUUACAACCCUCAUACCGAUGCCCACGCCAAAACCCCAGCCACCACCACUAGCAAAACCUCCUUGGAAGGACCCACAACUUUUUUAGCAGAAAUAUUGAAAGCCCCUCACGAAUAUCCACAGAUGCACUCGCUUUUUCAUUCACCUCAUGAUGAGGACAAUUCAGCGCCUCGUCGUGGUCGAAUGUGUGCUCUACCCGUAGUUGAGCUCAAGCUCAACAGUUUAUCGAAUAUUCUUUGUGGUGCAGACACUGAAUGUACUCUUUCACUGUUUCUUUCUUUUCUGCGUAUGUAUCGUCGACUCUCUAGCCAGUCAAUGUGGAUGACAGCGGUUUAUCAGAAACUCUUAGAAGCGUUUCUAUCCGAGGCAUCACGAGUGUGGUCUGAAAUUUCAUCUGGUUGGCAGAAACUUCAAGGUGAAUCUGGUGUUCUACGUCGGUGCGCGUGGGUGAUGCUGGAACUCUACUGCAUUCAACUGGAUCACAAUAGGCACGCUAAGGCGACUAGCCAAAUCGGUAAAAAUAGCUCCAAGUCCGUUGUAGCCAUGGGAAAAGCUAUAGUUCAGGCGUCUUCAUCCAGGAAGAGCGCCCACGAAGCACCAGCCCCUUUUAAGAUCGUAGGAGAGGGCGGUGUGCAAAUGGUUGAGCCUGACUGGAAGGUGAAUCUAGUUCGAUAUUUUCUUGAGGGUGUGGUUCAACCGAUCCUCGCGAAACUCACGAGCGUUCUCAUUGAUAUCGACCCUAAUUCCGAAAGUGUCAGUGUGUCAGACUUGUGUUUCCGGUAUUACUUUGUUUUACUUGCUGUGGAGCUCAGAAAAAGAGCUUUCUGUCAAAAAUGGACUGAAACGGCACAUAAUACUAUGAGAUGCAAGACUGAUAAACGAAAAGACGAGGCUUUUGUUUUGGGUCAAUGGAAUGCAAUAGCGGAAGAGGGACGUUCUGAAAUUCAAAAAACUUUCUCACAGUACACUCAGGUUGAUCCAGAAGACACAGGGUCUAUUACAAUAGAGAAUUUUAACUCGCAUCUAGAAGAUUCUCUUUUGGCCUUGCACAUCACCCAAGCGUUUGCUUUGAUAGUGCCUCAGGAUUUUCAGCAGUAUGUACAAGUGCAAGCCACUCGUAUUCUUCAUCUGUCCUGUCGAGCAGUGCGGUUUCGACCAGAUAUUUUUCUAUUUUUGUGCUCAGAAGCCUUUGCCUAUCAACUUGAUCAAUUGAAGCAGUGGCCCGGAGGCCCUUAUGGGCAGAUGUGUACAGAUGUUUUUGCAGCAGCAGCUGUUUUUUUAGAAUUACGCGCGGCGUCUCUUCCAGCUUUGUUGGAUGAAAAGGAGGCAACAAGACAAGCAGCUCUGCGAGCAGCCAACCCCGGACUCUCGGAAGACCAGCUCCCGCCACGACCGCUGCUACAUGGUGUGGCUGCACAGUUGUUCUACGCAAUGCUAUGUGUGGGCUAUGCUCCAGAGGUAGUCCUCCAAAAUGCAGUUUAUCUUUCUAUGGAUUCUCUUGAGCUGGUUAGUAUAACCGCCGCGACAGCACUCUUUUCGAUGUCGUUCGCUACAAACCCUCUCCCGGUUCGCGUAAGAGCAACCCUCAUGGAUGCGGCUCUUGACCUCUCAGAAUUAUGCAUGAAAAGCGCGCGACGGCUCUCCAUUUCGCAUACGGAAAUACUGAUGCAAACCGAGAAAGGACAAACGAGCCUUUUUAAUAGACUUGAGCGCUUCGCUAUGCAGCCUUUGUGUACGAAACGCACGAAUUUCUUCAUGGCCGCAGCAAAAUUGGACACCAAAAGACGGAGUAAAAUCAAUUUUGAAAAACCCAAGUCAGACACGCGUCUAAACGUAGUCGCAGAACAAAAAGGUCAGCUUCAGACUACUGAGGUUGUGACUCUAGAUGAGAUGAACCAGUUAGUGGACCUGACCUUGUAUACGGUUCUCUGCGUUGCGGUGGAGUUUCUCACGCGUGGCGAUGAGUCUACUUCGAGGAAUCUGAUUCUGAAUCUAUUCCCUAUUCUAGAGAGAGAGAAUUCUACAGUCUACUUAGUGGAGGCGCUAGAGGUUCUAACGACAAAGAUUGCAAAACGCCUUGCUUAUGUUGGGGGGAUGGAGAUUCGAGCAGAUAACUUUAACCGGGAAACCACCUCCAUUCACUGCAAUAGAGAGGAACGCGUCACAACGCUAACUAUGGAACAGGGCUUCUCGGAGGUGGUCGCUCUCUUUCAGCAGCGGGUCUCUGCUACUAUCUUUCACAGGCUCACUCGUACAACAAACAAGAAGGGAUCCUCUUCGUUACGUUCUCUUAAUUCUGAGUUGACGACUUCCAAACCCUUUUCGUCGUCAUCGGAUUCCCUCUCCGUUGAGACAAAAAAGGGUGGCAUUGAUGAUGGUACCAUUACUACCGCCGUCACGGGUGCGAUAGCAAAUCCUGUUUUAUCCGUGGGCGCUCUGCUGGAACUAAUUUUUCGCUUUACAGCGUGCGCCGUGAUUUGUGGUAUGGAUAUGAAUACAGUUAAACAGCUCACCUCCGUUCAUACAAUGCUCAUAAAAGUGAAAGAUGGUGAUGGCAUAUUCAGCUCUGGUUCUGGCAAAAAGACACCAACAGUUGUCAAUACAUCACCUGAUGUUUUCCAAUCGCAAGACAAAUCGGCCGAUGACGCCUUUUGCUCUGCCUUUCAGGUAGUGGAGCAGCUUGGUCAGCUUAUGACGUGUGUGGCCGAGAAGCGGUUUCCUAUUACACGUCAUCCACAAUCGGCUCACAUACGCACAACAAACAUUGCUCUAAACUACAUCGUUGCUGUAAAUCUCAAAUCCAUUCCCGUCCUUGGAACUCAUGUUUACACUCCUACGGAUAUCCACAAUCCGAGCAUUGCGUCCCUGUCGAAAAACCAGCGGCGCUUUGCUCUGUCGAUCAUUCAUCUGCUCUUUCGUCUUUCUACAAAUCAUCCUGUUGAAGCAGAGCCAACUGCACUCAGAGUCUUUCGAACGGAUAUGCUCGACCCUGUUGUGGCACAGGUGCUUCGCGAGAGCACUUCCAGUAUCUCAUCCAAUGGAGAAAGCAACCAAGGUAGCGAACUUCCCCUCACGCUUCUCACUGAAAUUGCCGUUGUAAUGUGUGUGCCACAUACCAUACAUCUUGUCUCACGGGAUCUUUAUACAGGUCUCUCCAAUGUGAUUGUACAAAUCAUGAAAACUAGCCGACGCAUUGACUCCCGUAGCUCCGCAACGGGUGCAAUUGUCCAGAGGCUCCUUUGUGCUUCUAGUACUGUUUGUCUACGGGGAGAUCCCCAGUUCACUACGUGUUUUCUUGAGACACUCCAAGCUACAGAAUCACACCUUACGCUGCGGCAAAAUGUGCAUGUUCUAGAUGAAAUGCUCGCGCGCCAGGUGCCGACCGAUGCGCUUCCAGUUAGAAACAUGCUGCAGCGCCUUGUGCAGGCUCUUUCAGAGGUUCAUAUAAAAAGUGGGCGGCCGAUGCUGUCGCUUCCAGAUUGUAUCGCAACCCUGCGCACAUUAGCUCGGUAUGAUGGGCUCACCACUGCCAAUACGGUAGCUACCGCGCCACUAUCAUAUAGAGAUCAAAAGUGUAGCAACAACGGGAAUAACAUUGGCAGCAAAAACACAGGACUAGGACUCAUGGUGCCUUAUGGGCGAACCCUUGCUCGAUUAUGUCGCUCUGAAAAUAUCCAACGACAACGUAUCACCUUGUCCGAGUACGGGGAGCUGGUUCAUAUCGCUGCUGUUCUCGGCCGCCGCACAGAAGCAAUUGAAGCCUGUGAGCCAGUAGAAAAAGAGUUGAUACAAAAGUUGCCCCGUCUGUUAUCAGUGCCGGUGCUGCGGUCCCCACAGACCGGUAUGGAGCAUGACACACCAGCAGUGCUUAGUGGGUAUGCUGAGGUCACGAACGAUGAGGCUGUUCGGGCGCAGGUCCUGCGCGCGUUUAUCUCGCGCACCAUUCGUGCCUGCCCUGCAUUGUCUCCUGGGGAAGUUGUACAGUGUGUUGAAGCGUACUGUGCGGCUGGAAUCUACCACGAAUAUCUCUUCAGUGUCUUGCUAGGGCGCGUUGCAGACAUCACACAACGCUUUUCGUUAGAUUUGUCCUUGCGCCUGCUUCGAUGUGGCAUCUGUUCGGGCCAUCCGCUUGUUAAAACGGCGUGUGUGACGGCUGCAAAACCUGUUUUUGUGGCACAUGUGCGUCAUAUUUUACAAAGCGAUCCAAGUUUCAUUACUUCAGUUGGAUUGACCUCCACCUCCAUUUUGCGAUGUCUCCGGGACUGCUUCCCACGGGAGCCCAUCUGUGCUGCAGUUCUCGAAAACAUCGCGGCACACACGCAAGGGAUGAGCGGCGUUGGGGUGAUCAAGGCUGCCUUGGAGCUGAUAGCGAUUAGAGGGUCGCAGGACUACAAUACGCUACGAACCCUGUCGGAUUACACGACCUCUGUGCUUAUCUGCACGAGUAGCCCGCGAGAUCUUGCUGAUUUGGUGUUCCUCCUCGUAGCCUGUGGUGUGCGUUCCGGGGCUCUUCUAACGAGCACUGCCGCUCGUUUCAGUGAGGUUCGUUAUGAAGCGGAUGGCUACACUCUAGCACGCAUUAUGGAGGCCCUUCAACGCGCCUGUGUUGAUGUCGACAACAAACUGUUUUCCCAACUUGUUGCUCGCAUCAUAGAGCUGGUCGAUAAAUUUUUGAAUUCCGCUGAAGAUUUGAGGUCUAAGAAAAGAGAUGAAGUGGGAUUGAUGUGCGUCCACGACGAAAAUAUAGAACCACCUUUUACGGCGUCACAAGUCUCUGUUAUACUAAGCCAGUUAUACACCGGUGGAAAGCAUCAUCUACUGACCGUUAUGCCUGCUGUUGACGCACUCCUCAAAUAUUUAUCACGUUUGUGGAUUGAUUCCAGGUUUUCUUCAGCUGAUGGAGACUACAGCGCUCAUCGGCUAGUGGCCAGGGAGGUUGAAACAAUUCUUCGUAGCUGUGUGGAGCAGACGAGCCAACCUGCGGCGCAUCGCGAUGUUCUGCGUGUAUGUGCAGAUCAGCUAAAUCGCCUUCUCGAUGUCCCGCAGCAGCAGCAGCGCCCCUCUUCUGACGUGGGCGUGAGAGAAAGUGGUGACGUUAGUAAUGAAGUUCACAAAAAGGCUCAUGCUUCAAUUGGGGGGAUCUCUUUUGACAAUUUUGCCUGCAAUAGCGUACAUUCUUUGGAGGAGUGUAUAUCACAGAACAGUGCGACUAGUGCUCUCUGGCGUGGCGAUCUUUUGAUGCUUGUGAAUCUUGCAAGCUUUCUCACUCGUGGCGGGGAAGUUACUCACCCAGUACUCCGUCGUAUCUUUACGCUGGUCUUCGAGAAACGAGCAACUCUGUUAAAAAGGCACCUGCUAUUUGAAACCGUGAAACAAACGAUGAGAGCCGCAGGUGAGGAAGUACACCCUGCAUUGCAUAAUUUUGUUGUAAAGGGAAAACUUCUAUAA